ACAACGACCGAGGCGUGCGUGAUGUAGUCACAGUAAGAUACGUAAGCGUGUAAGUAUAAUGAGUAUGAGAAGCAUACUUAUAUAUGUACCAGGGAGGGAGGCCCCCCCCCCUGUGGAUGGAUCUGGGGUGGACCACGCCAGAGGGGUCCAGCCUUGCCACCUUAUUGGCCAGGCCUGUCGAGGGGCUGCCGGGCGGGAAGGCCUCAAAGCGCCCACUUCUGACCCCUUCCCGCUUCUUGCAUGUACCCUACAGACCUGGCAAAGGCAGGGCCCCGCUGGCUUGUUGCAUGUACCCGACAGACCUGGCAAAGGUGGCAAAGGCCGGGCCCCGCUGCCUUGUUGCAUGUAUCCACAGACCCGGCAAAGGGGGCAAAGGCAGGGCCCCGCUGCCUUGUUGCGUGUACCCUACAGACCUGGCAAAGGUGGCAAAGGCCGGGCCCCGCUGCCUUGUUGCAUGUACCCUACAGACCUGGCAAAGGGGGCAAAGGCGGGAACCCAGCCCCUUGGCGUAGGGUUGGGCACACGCAACACGACAAGAGGGCCCGGCCUUUGCCACCUUUGCCAGGUCUGUCGGGUACAUGCAACAAGCCAGCGGGGCCCUGCCUUUGCCAGGUCUGUAGGGUACACGCAAGAAGCGGGAAGGGGUCAGAAGUGGGCGCUUUGAGGCCUUCCCGCCCGGCAGCCCCUCGACAGGCCUGGCCAAUAAGGUGGCAAGGCUGGACCCCUGCAAGGAGCGGGAAGGGGUCAGAAGUGGGCGCUUUGAGGCCUUCCCCCCCGGCAGCCCCUCGAAAAGAGGGGCCGGGGCGGGGAGGCCCCCCCCCCUUCAAAAAGUUAGAUCGGGGGGGGGGCCUCCCGCCCUGAGCCCUGGAACAUAUAUAAAUAUAAAGCUAUUUUCGGCGCUUUUUGUGUGCAUAUUACAUUCAUAAGGUGGAUAUGCCCACUAUAUAGUUGGGAGGAGUAAUCGUGAUCAUAAGACGACUCCAUACAAUGAAAUUCAAGAUGGAGAGUAGAUGAAUUAGAAAAUUCCUCAAUCAGUAUCUUCAAUUUCAAUAUAUAUCUGACGCGCAUCCGAAAAUGAAAUUAAUACCGGCAAAACAACAUCAAGCAACAUUGACAAAG